GUCUAUCCGAAUGACACCGUAUACGCUCUCGAGGCGCACUGGGCCGCGGAACUUAAAGCAAGAAACGCGGAGUGACUUCGUCGUUCCUUGUUGUAAUUCUGUUAGGAAUUGCGGACAGCAGACAACUUCGAAGACGAAUUGACUAUUUCAAAAAUGUCUGAUAGGUGUGCUGUAUGGCAGAUGCCGAUCUGUACGGUGUCAGAUAGUCGAAACAUGACGACUUCAUUGCCAGGGGUUGAGAUAUUUGGUCGCCGUCGGCUUUAUGAACGAUCGUGUGCCGUGAGUGAUUGCUUGAGGCCUCUGUAUAAACUGUCCCUGCGUGGAUUCGGAUUCUUGGCCAGAGGAUUCGGAAUAGGUCAGGUGCUGGACAGUGUGAAUAACUAAGCCAGC